CUUCUUGGUUCCCUAGGGCAGAGGAUGAUCCAUAAAUUUCUCUCUCCCUUGUUUCUCAGACACUCACAGACCAAUGUCCUUUUGCCAAUAUUCAGGGGCUGUAUUUUUGCUCUGGGACUUUCUGACUUUUCAGCAGACCAAGGAUCAUUUUCCAAGGAAAUCUCUGCUGUUGUGCCAUUACUGAGCUCAGGACAAGGGAAGAACAAAUUUUUAGCACUUAGCACAUUAAAUGUUCUUGAUGUACAACAACAUGCUCCUGCUGUUCUUCCUGUCUCUGAAGUUUGCUUAUUUUUGUUUCAGCCUCAGAGGAUUCUGUGAGGGUAUUUCACACAUAAAAAUCAAGAUACCAAGAUGACAAACCCAGCAGGUUGUGGCACAGGGGUGAAGCAGAAUUGACUGCCCCAGGGGAUUUUUUCCAUGUGCCCAACAAAAAUAAUUGCAUCAUUUGGAACUGCUGCUUUAACAAUGGAAAACUGACUUUCUGUAUCCAGAGGUGCAGGAUUGUCCUGGUCAGGCUGUGAGAUGUUACACUCUGUAUUUGUCUGUGGAGGCUGUUACUGGGAUUCCAGCAGGGAUUGAGCCUCAUGUGUUUGGAAACCCAGAAUGGGUUGGGGCAGGUUUUCACUCAGGGAGCCUCCCAAUUUAUUCCUUUGCAGAUUUUCUCUGCUACAUUAAAUGAAGAAGAGAGGCCUUGCUCUUAUCAAGUUACGUGGAAGCAAAUUACUGUUAUUUAUCAUCUUAUCACAAUUAGGUUUUGCAUUAUUUUUUUCCUUUUCUUAGAUAAUUUAUGUUUCUGUCCUCUGUACCUUACUCAGUUGCUCAUCACUGCUUGUUUUAGCCAGCAAGAACCCUGUGAAAACAAAAGGUACUGGCUUAAUUUCCCUUUCCAGCAAUCCUCCUCCCCCUCAGCUUGAGGAUAAUAGAAAUCCAUGGAGCUUUUCCUUUUCUUGUGAUUUGCAGUGUUUGUACAGCCACUUCCCUAUGCCUGCCACAGCCAAAAUUUCAUUAGUGCAACUGGGAUAAGAUUCAGCUCCAGUUUUGACUCAAGGCUGUUUACAACUUCUUGUUUACCAGUUAUGAACCAAGACUGUUCCAGAGACCAUUACUGAAGAGAUUAGAGGCUGCUGCUUCACAACACAGUGUCAGAGAAAGAGAGAAAACACAAAAUGUGUAUCCAAAAUAAUGAUUUUUCCUCCUGCUUUUAGUGUGAUAAGGGACAAUCCUGUCAUGGAAUGACCAAGAACUUCUGCCUCAGAUCAUCAGAGUGCCCUCGAAAAGCCAAAUUCCAGCAGGUGCUGAAUGAUAACGGGACAUACAAGUUCCUUUACUGGGAAGGAAAUGUCUCCUACGUGGACUUCUACCUCCACCAGCCUUCGGUGGCUGCUGUCUUCAUCACCUCCUACCUCCUCAUCUUCCUCCUCUGCAUGGUGGGCAACGUGGGGGUUUGUUUCAUCAUCCUGUGGAGCAAGCACAUGCGCACGGUCACCAACCUGUUCAUCCUGAACCUGGCCGUCAGUGACUUGCUGGUGGGGCUCUUCUGCAUGCCCACCACCCUCCUGGACAGCAUCAUUGCAGGAUGGCCCUUUGGGAGCCUGGUGUGCAAGAUGAGCGGGAUGGUCCAAGGAAUCUCUGUUUCUGCCUCUGUCUUCACUCUGGUUGCUAUUGCCGUGGACAGGUUCCGGUGCAUCGUGCAUCCAUUCAAGCCAAAGCUGACUGUCCCCACGGCCGUGGCCAUCAUCGUGGCCAUCUGGCUCCUGGCCGUGGCCAUCAUGUGUCCCUCGGCAGUGCUGCUGCAGGUGCAGGAGGAGAAGCAUUUCCGGGUGCUCCUGGGCUCGGGCAAUGCCACCCGCCCGGUGUUCUGGUGCCGGGAGGAGUGGCCUGACCCAGGAAUGAGGAGGAUCUACACCACGGUUCUCUUUGCCAACAUCUACCUGGCUCCCCUGUCACUCAUCGUGGUCAUGUACGCCAGGAUCAGCAUUUCCCUCUCCCACACAGCCACGCCUGGGCCGGGGAAGCGCAGCCAGGAGCAGAGGCACAGCGUGUGGAAGAGGAAACAAAGAGCCAUCAAAAUGCUCAUCCUUGUGACUCUGCUUUUCAGCCUGUCCUGGCUUCCCCUGUGGACCCUGAUGCUGCUCUCGGAUUACGCCAGCCUUUCUGACCUGCAGCUGCAGCUCAUCAACAUCUACAUUUAUCCCUGUGCUCACUGGCUGGCCUUCUCCAACAGCAGCAUCAACCCCAUCAUCUACGGCUUCUGCAACGAAAACUUCCGCCGUGGCUUCCAGGCUGUCUUCCAGCUCCAGCUCUGCUCCAGGGCGGGCUGUUCCCAGCCAGGCACAAGCAAUUCCAUCCUGCCAGCUGCCCACUGCCAGACAGCCCGGGAUCCAGCUCCUCAGCCAGCUCCAGAGGAGGGCAUGCUAGCUAGGAAAGGAAAGGGGGUGAAUAACCAGGAGGAUUUGAUCAUGGAGCAUCUUAAAGAGCCCUGCAACCAUGGGAUCAAGUGAAACAUGCUGUGACUCUUGCAGUCUCUCAGAGCAGCUGAAAAAGGGUUGCUUGAACCGUAUUUGUGGUCACAUUUCAGCCUGUCAAUACUGCAGACACAUCCUGGAACCCACCAGUCUCUGGAUUUUCUUGUGGUUGUGCUUCUUCCCAGACAUUGUGAACACCAGCUGGGUCCUGCUCAAAUGACAGAAUUAAACAUUUUCCAUCACGUUCCAUUUAUUCCCCUCUGUUGUU